AUGCUACAAGGGACGAAGGGGUAUUCUCCUCUGGUCGUUGCAGUCACAGGCAAAGUGGGCAGCGACCAGCCAAUCACGUGCGAGAACAGCAGCCUACGUGGCGUCAUCGUGGAGCAGACUGCGGAGCAGUUUUUUCUGAAGCACAAUGAUGCAGGCGCGUGGGUGCAGGACUCAGCGUUUCUCAUCCGGAAUUUGAAGUCUGUGCCCUGGUACAUUGACGAUGGCACGGGCCGAGCCAACGUGGUAGGAGCACGUUCGGCAGCAGGGUUGGAGCUGACGGUCGGCACGGAGGUGUUUGACGACAGUGGCAAGUCGGUGGUGCGCAGCACUGUUGAUUAUCUGCAGGGCAUCAAGGUGCUGGGAGUGAAGCGAGUGGAGAAGGUGCUCCCGGUGGGCACCAGCCUCACUGUCGUGGGUGAGGCUGUGAGGGACGACCGGGGGAGCAUCACGCUGCAGCGGCCGCACCAGGGCGGCCCAUUCUUCGUCUCGCCGCGCUCCCUAGAUGCCCUCAUCGCCUCCCUCGGCACCUUCUCCCAGUGGUGCCGCUGGCUGUCGUAUGGGUGCACGGCGGUGGGAGCGGUGCUGAUAGUGGGGCGCAUUGUGGGGGGCGUGAUGGAGAGGAGGAGGAGGGCCGCCCUCAGGAGGAGAGUAUUAGAGGCGGAAGCAGCAGCGUCAGCAGCAAGGGAUCAGAGCAACUCAUCAGCCUCCCAAAACGAUCCUGCCACGUCAGAUGCAGCCAAGGAAGCAGCUGACGGGGACUUGCCAGCUCAGCUGCCCGACACCUGUGCGAGCACAUGUGCUGCUGUGUGCACUGUGCGGCUCAGCUCACUCAGUGCCCCUCAUUCUGCCAUGCCCUGUGCGGGCACAUGUGCUGUUGUGUGCACUGUGCGGCUCAGCUCACUCAGUGCCCCCUCUGCCGCCGCCGCGUCGACCAGCUAG